AUGUCGUUUAAUGAGCAGCAGUGCAAGCAGCCCUGUGCGCCUCCUCCAUGUCUUCAAAAGACGAAAGAGCAGUGCCAGGCCAAGGCUGAGGAGGUCUGCCUCCCCCAAGUCCAGGACCCCUGCCAGGAGAAGUGCCCAGCACAAGCUCAGGAGACAGUGCUUCCUCAGUGUCAGGAGUCAAGCCAAGAACCAUGCCCCCAGCAAGGGCAAGAACCAUGCCUACCUCCGUGCCAAGACCAAUGCACACCUCAGAGUGUGGAUCCAUGCCCAGAGCCAUGCCAGACAAAAUGUGUGGAAGUUUGCCCACAGAAAUCCCAAGAGAAGUGUCAUGGCAAAGCCAAGUAG